AUGGGGACCAUUUCCAGAACCAGGGAUACUACCGGAGCAAGACCGACUAAAAGCAGAGCCCUACCCACUCCGGUUAGUCCCCGUGGCCCCCUCGAGAAGCCUAAAGUUACAUGCGCCCCUCCUCCUUCUUGUCUCCUCGGCCGCCUUGAAAUUGGUCCUGAGAAAAGCCGAAUGUGCCUAAACCUGCAUAGGGCCAAAGAAGGGGGGGCGCAAGAGAACAAGAAAAAAGAAACACUAAAGAGGAAGCCAGAAAGGGACCCAAUCUGGAUGAACAAUAAUGUGGCCACCGUGCUCCGGCCACCGGGGCUCACUUUACAUAUACGACAGCCUGACGAUCGGGAUUUGUGGCACUGCAUCCGUCACGCCGUUCUAAUCCCUCUGACGCCCUCAAAUGAGGUUUGCUAA